AUGGUUGGUUUGAACCCCUUCGCUUCGCGGCACAACAGUGUUCACCCUGGAACUCCUCCCCCGUACAAGGAAGACGAUCCUACCAGCCUGCUCUUUGCAGAGACGACAGUCACGACCACUGAAGUUGUUACCACCACCACGCAGACUACGACCCAUUUCUUCUCAUUGCCUCAUUGGAGGAAGAGAGCAGCUCCAGUACCGUACAGUAACAGUACGGUGUCUCCAAGGCAUCCACCAAAACGAUCUCACGUGGAUGAAAUGGGCUUUCCAAGCUCCUCCAGACUAAUAGUGGACAAGGAAUUGCCACCAACGCCAGAAAGUAGUAGUAGCAGUGGGCAUGAUACUCCAUUGGCCGAUUCGCGUGAAACUUCGCAGAGAACCUCCUUAGAACAAGAGACCUUAUCGCCUACCUUAUUCCCUUCCUCCGACCCUACGAGACUCUCUCUCGGAAGUCCACCGAGGCCGACGUCAACCACUGCUCUGGCGCAAGCGUCCCUAGGACUGAGUUUAACUCAUGUUCUUCCUCUUGCUUCAUCUUCUUCGUCUUCAGCUGAAACUAACAGCGUCGCGUUUAUAUCUACUCCCUCUUCGCCGGAAUUGCUUUCUCUCAGAAAGGAGCAAAAAGGGCAAAUGAAACAGCGAGCGAUCUCUACCGCAUCAGUGUCACUACCAUCCAAUGCUCAUAAUCAGAGGCGCGCUCGCGGCCUUUCAUUGGGUCCCUCCGGCUUUCUUGGACUUGGUACAUCGGAUUCGAAAGGGAAAGGCAAAGAGACGGAGAAAACGGCGCCUCAGUCGGCAACCCAUCCCCCGAACAAGUUGACCCGAAGAGCUUCAUUCUGGUCAAGGAAAAAGGCGACAUCCCCUGACACCCUUCCUGUAGCUCGUAAAAGUGAUAUAAACCUUACACCCCUUCCUCCUCUCCCUCCUUUGUCACCGUUUAACGUCGACAUGGUGAAGUCUACAUCACAAUCGCUCAAGCCUGAUCAUGCUCGAACUCUUUCUAGAAGUCAUUCCGAACGAAACAGGCGUUCAUUGUUGAAGGCUUCAGAAUUUGAGCUACCUAGUCUGAUCCUUCCAGCUCCUGAAGUCCCUCAGCCGGAGAAAGUCCGUAGACCUUUGACUGCAGAUGCUUCUCAUUCCCGUCCCCAGCUUUCCAGAUUCACGUCCGCAGGCUCUUCUGAAUUUAUUGCCUCACCUUUGACUUCACCUGCCAUAGGGACAAGGGAAAAACUUUCUAUAUUCGAAGCACCAUCACCAUCAAAGCGGCCGCGCGCGCAGACAAAUCCGCCUCUUCUUCGUCGUCUUUCGAUGAACCUCUUCUCUCCCUAUUCAGCCAAUCACUCUCAUCCCGCUCCUUCGACUCCAAUAUUAACAUCUCCUUCACCCUUGCGAAUAUCCACUUCUAAACCUACGCAGAUACCCAAACCUCAAAUGGAUGAAGAGUCUCCAGAGGUUUAUUUGAGCCGUUUGAUGGUCUCCGUCAGUAAAGCAGAAAUUGGUGGAAUUUUAGCCUCGAGCAAUGAUAUGUUCCAUGUUCAGGCAUUACGAUCUUAUAUUGGUCGUUUUGAUUUCGACAAUGAUCCUCUUGAUGUUGCUCUCCGCAGACUACUUAUGGAUGUCGGUCUACCUCGAGAGACACAACAAAUUGAUCGUGUUAUGCAAGCUUUUGCUUCUCAUUAUCAUCAACUUCAUCCUAAUCUCUUCACUUCGGAAGACCAGCCAUAUGUUUUGUCCUUUAGCUGUAUUAUGCUCCACACUGAUGCUUUCAAUAAAAGCAAUAAACGGAAAAUGACUAAAGCAGAUUAUAUCAAGAAUACUCGCAUGCCUGGUGUGGCGCCGGAGGUACUGGAUUAUUUCUAUGACAACAUUGUUUUCGCGCCUUUCAUUUUCGUGGAAGACCCUGUGGACGUGAAUGGUCAGCACAUUUACAACGUCGACGGGAAUCGAGGGUUACCAUCCGGCAGCUCGUUUAGUAAUGUUAACGGCUCGACACUUCUUGGAAAGGGCAAUAAGGUUGAUCCAUAUUACCUUAUCUCCAAUAAUCUACUUAGUCACCUUAAAGUAGAUGUUGAGAUAUUCGUUCCCUUAACCGAACCCUAUUCAGCCCAAGGUACUGGAGGUCCAUGGAAUGAAGAAGAACUUCAACGUGCAUUUGUCAAUCCCAAUGUUAUUGUCAUGGGCCCACUAGACUCAUCUCGAGCACCACCAUCAUCCCCGUUUUUUAGUUCAGGGGGCAGCACCUCGGGGCCAUUUGCAACAGGCAGCGAUCUAUAUGCACCAGGAACUGAGACGUGGCGUCUCAAGGUUACGAAAGUGGGUUCGUUGAACCGGAAAGAGGACAUUCUGGAAGGAGGGAAAAAAGCCUCAAAUCGUAAAUGGAAGUCUUUCAGCGUAGUGCUAACUGGCUCUCAACUGCUUUUUCUUCGCGAUCCUGCUUGGGCUACCAUGUUUCUCAAUCAAAACGGGACCUCCACUGAAUCUGGGUUCUUCCCUCAAACUGCUAUAUUCACGCCUAAUGAGGUUAUAUCGUUGAAAAAUGCGGUGGCUGUCUAUGACCAGUCCUAUCUCAAGCAUGAUAACAUAUUUCGACUCGCAUUAGCUGAUGGACGGCAAUUCCUUUUUGGAACCGAUAGCGAGUUCGAAAUGAACGAGUGGAUAUCUAGGAUAAACUACGCUAGUGCAUUUAAGUCCACAGGGGUCCAAAUGCGACCUGUUGGAAUGUCCGGCAAAGACGUACAGCUUACUGGUGUCGCUGCAGCCACUUCUCACCUCCACGAUCUCCAACACAAUCAAACCAAGUCGGAAUGGGGUAGCGAGGCAUCACGAGAUCUCAUGGAUAUGCUUUCUGGGGAGUCAGAUUCACCCUUCAAAAGAGCUUUACCCAAACGUCGAGUUACCACGAUGAGUUCCUCAUCGGUUAUAGAUAACGACGUUCCGGUAGCCCCAGAAGUCGAAGGGGCUGACCAAUUCAAGGCAACAUUUGACCAGGUGAAAGCAGAUCUCGCGGCUGGACGCUGUGCUUCACCCGAUAGCGAACCUCCAAUUGAAGAACACAAUGUUGAACGAACAGAUUCAUUACCUGAAGAUGAUUCACAUUUACCGCCACGGUCUCGCAUAGUGCUGUCAAAGAUUCGUGAAUUGGAUACCAAGAUAUCUGCAUCUCAGAGUCAGCUCGAGUCUGACUUGCGCUUCGCCAAGAACGUAGCCACUCUCACGCCUUUCCAAAGAUCCACACGUGAACGGCUUUCAAUGGCCGUACAAAAUAUUGCUAAGCGUGUCAUGCAAGUCCGACUCGAUCUUGCAAAAUACACAUGCCAUCGGAAAGUCUUGCUCAAUGACAUGACUACUGAAAGCCAAAAUUGGAGUCGGGCAAACAAAAUCGCUCUCCGAGCAGCCCUGGAAACACUACAAAGCCACCAGCGACCACCUGUCCCUCGUAUGACCCUCUCAUUUCAUGAGUCGAACGGUCUCGCAUCACCGGAAGUCUCUAUACCACCGAAGAUGUAUACUCCUUCUGUGCAUCAAUCAGAAUCCACUGCAGGCUCACUUCAAUCGUUCCAUUCCGCCUUUGACUUUGGGCCGGAAUGGAAUUCGAAUGAUGAUAUUUUCUCUCCUGAGGGUCCGGAUCCCUACGAACUUGAUAUUUCCUUGAGAAACAGUAGCUCUGGCUCUUUGAAUCCUGAGUUGUUCCGAGAGGAAGACGACGUUGUUCCGCUACCUUCGAGAACGGCGGAACUGCUUUCAAACGUAACGUCCCCCAGGGCAAGUCACGACGAAAUAAAUCACCACGAAAAGUAUUACAGCGCCCGAGAGAGCGCCGAAGAGCAGGCUGAAGAAUGGAACAAAACACGUUGCGCUCACCGAGUCUCGCUUGUUCGUGUUCCUUCUGCUAUCGGACUAGCGCGAAAAUUUGAGCGGGAUCCGUCCCGAUAA